AUGGUGAAGUUGUUACCUGAAGAGAAUUCAAAGCAUAAAAAUGUUCAGAAUGACCCUACAAUUCUUGAAGAAAAUAUUGCAGCAAACAAAACUGCGAAAAAUUAUGAAGAUGCAGAAAGCAGUUUAUAUGUGGUGGGAGAUUUAAUAGAUGUAAAGGAUAGAGAACAAGGAACUUGGUUAGAAGGAAAAAUAGUGAGAAUAGUGUAUGAUCCCGAUGCUAAAUCAAUACUUGAUGAAAAUAAUACGAGUAAUGUGGAAACAGAGAAAGAAAUCAAACAUGUUGACUUGGACAAGGAGAGUGAUGUUGAGAAUGAACCACCAAGAGUUCAAAGUGAUGAUAGCCCCAAAAUUAAGAAGAGAGGUGUUGCCAAAUAUUUUUGUAAAGCCCCCAGGAGCAAGAAACAAGCAGAAAAGGAAACCUCUAAAAAUACAAACACUAAAGCAUCCAAAAUUACUAUGGACCUUUUGUACAAAAUCCAAUUAGAUGAUGAUAAUGAAGAUUCAGAGUUAUAUUGUAAAGAAUCAGAAAUAAGACCGCGGGCACGCAAUGUUUUGGACGUAAUGGAUUUAAAAAAGGGUCAAAAGGUGAUGCUUAAUUACAACACUGAUGAGCCUUCUGAAAAAGGACACUGGUAUGAUUUCAGAAUAGAUGAAAUAAAGAAAUUUCGGUCAAGCUAUGAAUUGAUUGGAACAUUGUAUUUAGGUGUUGACUCUGUACCACAGAAUGACACUAAAGUGAAAGUGCAUGAUAAAAUAUUUGUAAUUGAAGAGGUCGUGCCUGUUGACUGUAGAACUGAAGAGUACAAGAUUGCAAUGAUUACACAGCCAGAAAAAAGCCGCACCGUGCAAGACUGCGGCUGCUGCGUGUGCCUCGCCAAGGAGUCGCCGGAGACGAUCGUGCUGUGCGACGAGUGCGACAUGGGCUACCACACAGGGUGCCUGCGGCCGGCGCUGGCGCGGGUGCCCGACGGCGACUGGUACUGCCCCCGCUGCGCGCGCGACCCCGCCUCGGUGGUGGCGCCGGGCGCCGCGCGCCAGCUCAAGAAGCGGGCGCGCUCCACGCGCGACUGGGGCCGCGGCAUGGCCUGCGCCGGCAAGACGAAGACGUGCGCGAUGCCGCCCAACCACUUCGGCCCCAUACCCGGUAUCGAAGUGGGCACCUGCUGGAGGUUCAGGAUACAGCUAUCCGAAUCGGGCGUUCAUCGGCCUCCGGUGUCCGGCAUCCACGGCCGAGACGUCGAGGGCGCCUACAGCAUCGUGCUCUCCGGUGGGUACGAGGACGACGUGGACAACGGGAACGAGUUCACGUACACAGGCAGCGGAGGCCGCGACCUCUCUGGCAACAAACGCACCGCCGAACAGUCCUGCGACCAGACGCUCACCAGGGAGAACAAGGCUCUGGCGCGCAACUGCGCCGUGGCGGCGGUGAGCGAGGCGGGCGGGGACGCGGGCGACGAGUGGCGCGAGGGCCGCCCCGUGCGAGUCGUCCGCUCCUACAAGAUGCUCAGGCACUUCCCCAAGUAUGCCCCCCAGGAGGGCAUCAGAUAUGACGGCAUCUAUAAAGUUGUCAAGUAUUAUCCAGAGAAAGGCAUAUCGGGAUUUCGAGUGUGGAAAUAUCUGUUGCGGAGAGAUGACCCGAGCCCCGCGCCCUGGGAGCCUGGCGCCAAGCAAUACCCCAUUAUCUAUCCAGAUGGUUAUUUAGAAGCCGAAGCAGAAAAGAAAGCUCUUAAAGACAAGAAAAUAAAGUCUACCAAAGGGAAUAAGAAGCGGGCGCUACGUGAGAAUAAUCAAUCGUCUGACUCUGAGGCUGAAUCUUCGCCCCCUGUCAAAAAACUUAAAACUUUAUCUGAAGGACAGACAAAUAGUAGAAAUAAAGGUGCAAAGAAAACGGUUAAUAAAAGUCCACCUAAAACAAUUCCAAAUAUAUUCAGUAUGAAAAGCCCAAAGAAUAAGAAUAAGGCUGAAAAGGAUGAUGUUCUUACGACAGAGGAAAAAGAAGCCAUUGAGGCGGAUUGCUUGAACAAAAAGCUGUGGCGAGAGUGCCUUGAAGUCUGUAAGAGUAGUGGCAAGAAGGAGUUCGUGGAGCGAGUGACGCAGGUGUUCCUAUGUAUCAUAUGCCAGGAGGUGACGGUGAACCCCGUCACGACGCCGUGCUCGCACAACUUUUGUUCGGCGUGCCUGAGGCUGGCGUUCCGGUCGACGGAGAGCCCGGGCUGCCCGAGCUGCCCGUGCUGCCGGCGCAGGCUGGCCGCCGCGGCGCCCGUCGCCAACGAGCGGCUGCGCGCCGCCCUGCGCGCCGUCAUGCCCGGCUACGACGCCGGCAAGAAG